AUGGUGUUAUGUUAUAAAAUAAUAACAGAUUCGCCGAAGCGGUCGCGAUCCGUGUCGCCGAGGAAAUCUCCCAUUGGAAGGAAUAAGAAUACUAUUUUUUUAAAUCAUAAUCUAAUUAUAGAACUAAUCAGCUCGAUCGAUUAUGAAACGAAUAAGGGAGAUGUGUGGGAUUCGAUUCCCGAACGCGACUGGAAGCUGUUGGCGGCUUUAGCAAAAAAGAGAGAUGAACAAGAGGAAAGAGAGAAACUCGCGGAACAGUUUCAGAAGAUGUGGCUCAAGGAGAAGGAAGAACGAGAAAUGGCAGAAGCGGAAACAUCAGAACAAUACAAACGUUAUUUACACCAGAAGAGAACAGAAGAGAAGUACCACAACGAAUACAGACGCCUGCAGAGAAUGGCUGAGCAACAAUUUAAAACAGGACAAUUGUUGAGUUGUAUUCAGUAUAAGGAACGUAGAAGUGCGGAUUUAUUAGCGUGGAGAGACGAUCAGAAGGUAAGUGAGAUAAUAGGCAAAGCGAUGGAGGAACAGACCCGCGCACAUCUAGCAGCAGAACGAAGAUACAGGAGGAUGAACGCAGAUGAAUGGAAACACCAGGUAGAACUGGUAUACACGCUCAAGAAAUCUGAUGAUGCAAGUAAACGACGAAACGCCUUGCUGCGUGACGUUUCACAGCGACGAGCCAUUACAAACGCACUUAGUUCGUGGGAAACAUCGCUAAUACGUCAAGAGGUAGCCGCUAUGGAAGCCGCAAGACGUGCGCACAUAAUAGCACAUUGCGCACUAAAAGAUGCCAAGAACGUGCGCUUGACAAGAGCUAGAGAGAAUAAACUACGACGCGCUAGAAAACUUGCCGCUUUAACUGCACAGAUGAGAGAGGCUGUGAGAAGUGGAAGAUGAAGUAGUAAUUGACGUGUAAAUUCGUUAGAUAUUAUUAAGAUAAUGUGAAGCGCACCAAAAAACAUGUAAUGUAUGUACAAAAAAUAUUUUUAAACAUGUGAAAGUCAUAUACUUUGAGCAGUAAAAAUCGCGACACAUAUAACACACACUGUCGCAUAUUCCGCACUAAAAGAUACCAGGAAUGUGCGCUUGAUGCUAUACUUAAUAAUAAACUAGCGCACGAAAACUUACUUUUAUAACUAUCCAAAAAAAUUUUUUGAACAGCUACAGUCAAAUAACGAUAAUUGAAGUCCAUAACAAGUAAAGUUUAUUACAAAAGUCAAAGAAGAAAAAAAAAUUUGGUUAUGAUAACAUGUAUUCAUGUAUAUUUUUAAUAAAGUGUAACGAACUAAUUUGUUAUUUUGUUGCAAUGUCUCUCAAAAGCUUUGACAAUUUGGAUAUAAGCUGUACAGAAACGAAAACAAUUGUAACCUUUUUCAUCAGUUUUGAAAGAUUAAGGUCAAAAUCUAAGCUCCAUUUUUCGGACAAUCUGAUUUAUCAUGCACUAGUUUGUAAGUCGUAACUAACUAGCGAAUACUAGAUACAAUGUGUGGUGUACACAUAACAAAAAAUAAAAAAUAAAACAAUGUUGCCAUCGUAUAAAAUAAAUAAAGAUUGUUGCAUAAAUGAUACCUUUGAAACUCGUACAUCAUCUACCUCUUAUGUUAAGAAAUUAAAAAAAACAGUAUUGUAUGGAACAAUUGUUAUUAAGUUAUUCGUAUGAUUUUUUCGUUAAUCUAAAUAAAAAAAUUUUCAGGUUUUUUAUUUU